UGGGCUCUACAUCCAGCAAAAACACAACUGGGAAACUACACGGCGGACCGUUUCUUUACAGGGCUCCGAGGAGGAAAAGUGUGGAAAUAAAGCGUCGUUCACGUCAAGGUUUUUCUUUUCUUUUUUAAAGCUGACACUUUGCCUUUUUCUAUUUCUUUUAUUUUUCUUGCAACACGAAGACUUGGGAAACGCGGCAAUACAAUACAGCCUUGAUGGACAUAAUGAUUGCGGUGCAGGAUGCUUGUGUUUCUGGUCAGUGGCUUACUGCGAUCAUUCUCAGCCUGUGCUGCGUUCUGCCGUCAUGUUUGCCCGCCGGACAAACUGUGGACUAUUCCUCGGUUGAAAGUGUGGUCAGCAGACAAGGCGACACGGCUCUCCUGAGGUGCUACCUAUUGGAUGGGAUCUCGAAAGGAGCCUGGCUGAACCGCUCAAGCAUCAUUUUCGCAGGGAACGACAAGUGGUCUGUGGACCCCCGUGUCUCCAUUGUGUCCAGCGUUGGGGACAAACACGAGUACAGCCUUCAGAUACAGAAAGUGGAUGUAUCCGACGACGGCCAGUACACAUGCUCCAUUCAGAGUGAGCGCAACCCACGGCCAAAGCUCCUCAACCUAAUUGUAAAAGUUCCUCCCAAGAUCUAUGACAUUUCCUCUGACAUCACGGUUAACGAGGGCAGCAAUGUGUCGCUCAUCUGUACAGCCAGUGGGAAACCCGAGCCAAGCAUUUCCUGGAGACACAUAACCCCAUUAGCCAGGAAGCAUGACAAUGGCGAAUAUCUUAACAUCACCGGCAUCACAAGGGACCAGGCUGGAGACUACGAAUGCAGCGCUUUAAACGACAUCGCCUCUCCUGACACCAAAACAGUAAAAGUCACAGUCAACUUUGCCCCAACUAUCCAUGAGAUGAAAAGCCAUGGAGUUGGUCUGGGACGCACAGCUCUGCUCAGGUGCGAGGCCGCUGCUGUACCUUCUCCAACAUUCGAGUGGUACAAGGGUGAGAAAAGGAUUAUCAAGGGUCAAGGCAUCGACAUCAAGAGCCUCAGCUCCAGAUCAGUCCUCACAGUGAACAACAUGACAGAGGAUCGUUACGGGAACUACACAUGUGUCGCCUCCAACAAGCUAGGGAUGGUUAAUGCCAGUGUGCCUCUCAUCCCAAUUAUUGAACCCACCACUACUAGUGCUGUCUCAAGCCCAGCGCCCAACACUGCACCCUAUGGGAGCACAGGAAGAGCACACGUCCCGCUGGCCUGCCAGUACCUGGUCCUGGCGCUCUCCUCCUUCAUCAGCGUGUACUAGCGGAGGGUCCGGACACAAUGACUGCCGAGAGCAUUUAUCAAUCUUUUGUGACAUUGCUGAAGGCUGGAAUCCAAUCUGGUACAGUUUGUUGAAAAGCCGUGAUGGGGGAAAUAAUCCGCGUUACGUUGUGUGGGGAAAUGUUCUUCUUUUUAUUUCAUUGGCUUUUUUUUGGUGACAUUUCUGUUAUGUAAAUACUUUGAUGUUUUUUUAUUAUUAUUAUUAUUGUUUCCUCUUCUUUUCUGAUUGAUCAACCACCUUGUGAAUCAGUGCUCACCUCGCCCCCGCCCUCCCACGCCCUUCAAUCAUAUCACCCCGCCUCACCUUCAUAAAUGAGUCACUCUCAUGCUUCUCUCUUUGGGAGGCGAUGGGGCAAAAUUGACAUUUCCAUCCGUUUUUUGUACAUGGCAAAAAAAAGAAGCAAUUGUGCCAAGUCUCUCAGUACACAUAAUAAACAUACCAAUGUUGUAUUGAAUGUAUUAUGGGUGGUUGAACAAAGGAAAGACAUUUAGAUUCCUAACGAUACAAAUUGAGAUUAUGAAGUGUGCUUGAAAAAAUAGUUGAGGAGAAAAAAAAGAAAAAAAUCUAAAGAAUAUAAUGGCGGAGUUUUUCCGGGACCUGUAUUGUCAUGAUUACUCAAUAGAAGGAUGAACAGUGUUGAAGGUGUGCUUUGUUGUAUUCUGAAAUGGGUCCUUCAGUUACUACGCCUGCCGGACAGAUUUGAUCAGGCAGCCGUCAAAGUAGCAAAGUAUACUGUAAUGUAUCUUUAUAUUUUAAUAUAGUGUAGGCUUUUGUUUGAAAGUGGGACCAGCUUUUCUCAUUUGACCAAGAACAUUAACACAGUUCAUGACGUUGUACAGUAUGAAGGGAGGAACAUCGCUGCCCUAUGUUUACAUUUUCCUUGAAUAUAUAAAUUCUGCAGUAUAUACUCCACCCUUUUUCUCCCGGAGAGAGUCCACACACAACCAACUGUUUUAGCUUUUAGUUUGAGAAGAAAAAGCAGAGCCCACGUUCAACUGUCGUAAGCGUUUCCCCUAAAGAUGCAGUUCUUUGAACACGCCCCCUCCAGUGAGUGAAGCUGCCGAUCAUCAACCAGCUGAAAACCCACAGCGGCACGAGUGGGUGUUCAGCUAACGGCCUCUUGAAGUUUGUGGCUUCAACUUUUGGCACGAUACUUAAAUAAUGGACUCUGGGAAAGCAGCAUUGUGCAGCACGGUACUAUAUUCCUCUGCUUUUCUCCACAAAUAAUUCAAUACUGAAAUAUAUUCGGGGCUCUUUUACAGUACAUAUAUUUACUUCAUCGCACCAGUUAACACAUAAAGGACAUCCAGAGAGUCGAAGUUCAUUGAUUUAAGAUUUCUGGCCACCACAGCAACAUUAUUGGAUGUAGAAAAGUACAAAUUAUGAAAACUGCUUUGCCUCCAAUCUGAGUCCUACUCGUGUAAAUUAUGAACAACAGAAUACAAAACGAAGCUUAUGAACAGGGGU